AACGAAGCGCGAGAAGCUGAGCAUUUUUUGAGUGAACGCAAGGGUGGGACUCUCGAGCACGCUGGAAAAAGUGCGAGUUGGUAUAGUCCUCAACAUGGGCCAGCAGUACUGGUAUUAUGAAAAUGAUCCAACACAGUCUUUUGAUUUCCCGCCUGCCUUGCCUCUUAAGCUGAACCUAUUGGAGACUGUGAAAGUGGCGAAAGCAUAUCCAAAAAGAAUGGCAGACGAAGAGACCGAGCGAAAAGUAGAUCGGACAAAACACUAUAUGUCUGAAUUGGAGUCAUAUGGUACAGAAACUCCAGGCAAUCAGUACUCUCCGCCCACUAUCCAAGCCAUAUUCAAGGAUGCUUUACCAGCGGAUGCGGUAACUCCAGACAGGAAGUCGCAGCAAAACUUAUGUAAAGGCUUACUGUAUAAUCCCAUGAAUCAUGACGACAGCGAUUUUACAAGACUAUACUGA